AUGUUUCGGAUCCCAGAUGGACAAUCUUCUGUAGAGAGUUUUUAUACCGCACGGGGUGACGGAGAAGACGACCUUCCACCUGGAAGCGUGAGCAAACAGCAAGUCAAGCAGGCAAUUCAAGAUAUCGCAGAUUCAAUACUUCGUGACAUGCCCCUCCGGUUGCUGAAUACCGAAGAUGGAAAAAUCUAUGCUCGCUCCGCUCUCAUCACGAAAUUCGAAGAGUCAAAUAUAUUUCGCUGGCUUCUCCACCUCACAACCACCAGGUCUGCUCUGGAAGAAAAGCAGUACAUCCUUAAAGUGGUCAAACCCUUCUUUGAAUAUACCAUGCUCUCUCACAGGUGGGAGGGCGACGAACCUGGCUUCAGAGAUAUCCCGCAAGAGGGGGUCUAUACACUUUCUACAUCGAGAUUCGACAAAGUUCGUAAUCUCUGCGACAAGGCGCGCAGUCGUGGAUUUCGCUGGACAUGGAUCGACACAUGCUGCAUUGAUCAGGGGAGCAGCGCCGAAGUACAGAAGUCCAUCUCGUCCAUGUUCUCAUGGUAUCGCGGGUCGGCACUGACGAUCAUCUACCUCUCUGAUGUCGUGGAAUCCAGCAAUCAAGCACUUUUACUGAGCGAGUGGUUCCGGAGAGGUUGGACUCUUCAGGAACUGCUUGCCGCCAAGGUCAUUCGGCUCUACAAGAAGGACUGGACUCCAUUUUCCCCAGAAUCCAACCACAAGAACGUUGCUGAGAUCCUGGUUGCGUUAGAAUCUGCAACUGGGAUACAGAGAAGUUACCUCAAGUUCUAUUCCCCAAGUGUCGAGCACCCUCGAAUGAAGCUUAGAUGGGCUCGGAAUAGAGUGACCAAGGAGAAGGAAGACGAAGCGUAUUGCUUGAUGGGAAUCUUCGGAUUCACUAUGUCAGUUACCUACGGAGAGGGUGAUCAGGCAUUCUCUCGACUUUUGAUGGAGAUCAUGAGGCGCACGGGAGAUGCGACUCUCCUCGACUGGAUUGGGCAGCCUUCCACUUUGAACACUUGCCUUCCUUCCUCCCCGAGUUGUUUCUCGAACGCUCCUUUCGCAACUAUGGAAAUGUGUUUCGACACCCUCCCUCACCCUGUUUUGAGCUUUGCGUUGGCUGCUCAGGUCGUCUAUGUGUUUAAAAAGGCUAUCCGCAGGGCAAGAAACUCGUCUCGUGUCCGGAAUGGUCCUAACACAGGUCAGGAGCUAAGCGUUGAGAUGUCCGACGACGAUGGCGCACCACGCAUUGCAAAGACCACAAGCAGUCAGAGCAUUUUUUCGCUCGGACGGUCUACAAGCUUUCCGUUUGAAGGGAGCGAGAUGAUACCCCUUGCCAGACUGCUUGAGAAGCCCCCACGGCCAUACACUCUUAACGCUGAAAUUCACAUUACUGUGCCGUGCUUUGUGCAUGAAGUACUGUCGCUUUACUUCACACCGGUCUCGGGGUCAUACUCUUGUUGUGCAGAUGGCAUCCGACCAUUCAGUCUUGUCACCUCCGAGAAUUUGGAAAUAUUUACACCUGACCACCAUUCCUCAUCUCGUUAUCUGCUGGCACGAACCUGGGAUCCACGACUGUCUUAUGACUCUUCACAUGUAUACCACAUUACCAUGCCGCUGCUUCGUCAACGACUCAAGAACCAAUUCUUUGCGAUCCUGCUAGAACGUCUUCGCGAUGGCCGGUUCAGAAGAGUAUUCACAGGAGAACGUAUUGUUGCGGAGCUUGAGCGAUUUCCCCCGCAAACGUACGGAGUACGGUUUCUUCAUCUUCAGUGA